AGGGAGAGAGAGAAUAUGAGAAAAGCAGGGACAGACCGCAGAGCGUCACACUUAAGCGGCCAUUACGGCUGGAGAAGCAUGCGGGCGGCAGGACGCCGACAGAGCCGGGAAUAGGAAGCCCAAGUCCGGAUACGGUUUCGCCUGGAGCUCCGCCGACUUGGGGACGGAAACAAGGCACGCCACCCCCCUUACUCCCCCCUUCUCCCUCCACGGACACUCAUCUGGGGUGUGGAGGAUUUCCCCCCCUUUCCUCUCACUCAUUCAGGAGCCUCAUAAAGCAGGAAUCGCCGGGUGGAAGCGAACGCAGACACCGAGCGCUGCGACUGUGUGUUCCCGCACACAAACACUCACACACCGCGAUAAUGGAGAGAUAACGUUUAUGUAACCGUCAUUUUUGAGUCUUUUACGGGUCAUUAUUUUUACAUAAACGCUUUAAUUGGAGAUUUUUUGUUGCCCUUUUUUAUUCACAAUCAUUCCUAAGGAUUAUCUACACCGGCUUUUGGAAGUGAGCUAACAAGCUUGGCUCUAGUUUUCCCCCGGGCAGCUGUUUGAUUUGGACGUCUCGGAGAGACACAGAGCUGGAGCCGGGGCUGGAGCCUGAGCGGGGGCUUGACUCUCAGCAGCGCACCGGGUCACUGCGGUAGUCUGCAGGCCGACCCCUCUCUUCUGACAAGCCGGCGUCAGAGUCACCAUGGCUGGGUUCAUACCGGGUCUGCUGCCGACAAACCAUUCGCAGGAAAAGGAGUUUGCCAAGGCUUAUGAGGAUGUGCUGGAGAGAUAUAAAGAUGAGCGGGACAGGGUGCAGAAGAAAACCUUCACAAAAUGGGUCAACAAACAUCUCAUCAAGGUGAGGAAACAUAUCACAGACUUGUACGAAGACCUGAGGGAUGGACACAACCUCAUCUCCUUGCUGGAGGUUCUCUCUGGAGUCACGCUGCCCAGAGAAAAGGGGAGGAUGAGAUUUCAUCGACUACAGAAUGUCCAAAUAGCACUGAACUUCCUCAAACAGAGACAGGUCAAACUUGUGAACAUCAGGAACGACGACAUCACAGAUGGGAACCCCAAACUCACAUUAGGUCUCAUCUGGACCAUCAUCCUCCACUUCCAGAUCUCAGAGAUCUACGUGUGCGGUGAGUCGAGCGACCUCACAGCCAAAGAGAAGCUGUUGUUAUGGAGCCAGCAGGCGACAGAAGGCUACAGCGGCCUCCGCUGCGUCAACUUCACCUCGUCCUGGAGCGACGGACGCAUGUUCAACGCUCUGCUGCACAGAUACAGGCCCGACCUGAUCGACAUGGAGGUGCUGUCUCAGCAGAGUAACCGUGAGAACCUGGAGCAGGCCUUCGAGAUCGCAGAGGCGUUAGGAGUGACCAGACUGCUGGACGCUGAGGACGUCGAUGUUCCUUCUCCAGAUGAGAAGUCAGUCAUCACCUACGUCUCUUCCAUCUAUGAUGCUUUCCCCAAAAUCCCUGAGGGAGGAGAGGGCAUCACUGCACAUGAGGUGGACCAGCGCUGGUCAGAGUAUCAGUCCAGGUUCUCGUCUUUGCUCCAGUGGAGCCGCCAGCAUACGGCCGUCAUGGCCAACAAGAAUUUCCCACAAAACCCUGUAGAACUCAAGGCACUUUACAACGAGUACGUCCAUUUCAAGGAGACGGAGAUCCCUGCAAAGGAGGUGGAGAAAGGUGACGUGGAACACCUCUACAAACUGCUGGAGGUGUGGAUCGAGUUUGGUCGUAUCAAACUUCCUCAGGGCCUCCAUCCUAACGAUCUUGAGGAGGAGUGGGGCAAACUCAUCCUGGAGAUGCUGGAAAGAGAGAAGGCUCUAAGGCCGGCUGUGGAGAGGUUAGAGCUGCUGCUUCAAAGGGCCAAUAAGUUUCAGAACAUGGCUCUGGACUGUGAGGAGAAACUCACCCUCGCCAAGAACACACUCCAGGCUGACAUGUCUCGGGUGGAGAGCGGCGAGGCGGUGCAGUGUGAGAAAGAACUGGCCUGUUACCUGCAGGACUGCGAGUCUCUGAUCCGAGAUCUCGACCAGGAGCUCAAAGUCCUGCGAGAGGAGAAGUAUUAUCAGGUGGAGCAGCUGGCGUUCAGAGUGUCCUGCCUUCAGGAGGAGCUGGUCUCCCUCAGACUGCAGUGCUCCAGCGUCUACAGGAAAGGACACUUCACUCAGACUCUGGGCAGCACCGCAGCGGAGCACACCAGGCAGCGAGCCACCGACGGUGGCCUCUCACUGGGGCAGAUGCUGCUGGGAGCCGUGGGAGCUGUGGGAGCCGUGGGAGCCGCGCUCCUGAGGCGACCCAUGGCUCGCUCUCAGCUGGUGGCCAUGUCUUCAUCCGAGGACGAAGGAAGCCUGAGGUUCAUCUACGAGCUGCUUGGAUGGGUGGAAGAGACGCAGGAGCUGUUGGAGCGAGCAGAGUGGGGCGCAGACCUUCCAUCUGUGGAAAACAACCUUCAAGAGCACAACGACGUACACACAGCGGUCGAGGAGUUAAUGAGCAGCCUGCAGGAAGCACGGAGCUACGAGGCAAAAGUUUCCCUGAAUUUCAAGGGCAGUUACUCUGAAACCCUGGCAAAGCUGGAGCACCAAUACUGCAAACUACUGGAACACUCGUCAUGGCGCCUGCGGAGCUUGGAGAGCCUGCACGCGUUCGUGUCGCACUGCACUGAGGAGCUGAUCUGGCUCAACGAGAGGGAGGAGGAGGAAAUCGCCUACGACUGGAGCGAGAGCAACGCCAACAUGAGCGCAAAGAGAGAAUUGUACAGCGAAAUGAGGUCAGAGCUGGACGAGAAGCGGGAUGUGAUGCGGUCGCUGCAGGACACGGCGAGUCGUCUGUGUCUGGAGAAUCAUCCCGCCAAACAGACUGUGGAGGCGUACAGUGCAGCGCUGCAGACUCAGUGGCAGUGGGUGGACCAGCUGUGUGUGUGUGUAGAACAACAUCUCAGAGAUAACACGGCAUACUUCCAGUUUAUGAGCGACGCCCGGGACUGUGAGUCGUACCUGCGACAGCUCCAGGAAACCAUCAAGAGACAGUACACCUGUGACAAGAACAGCAGACUCAGCAAACUGGAAGACCUGCUGCAGGACUCCAUGGAGGAGAAGGAGCAGCUGAUCGAGUACAGGAGCACGGUGGCAAGUCUGGUGGGCCGGGCCAAGACGGUGGUGCAGCUCCACCCCCGCAGCGCGGAAAGCAACCUCGGCGUCACCACGCCCAUCAAAGCCAUCUGCGACUACAGACAGAUAGAGACAAACGUUCAGAUCACAAUAACCCGAGGAGAGGAGUGUGUUCUGGAGGACAACUCCCAGAGGACCAAAUGGAAGGUGAUCAGUCCCACGGGGAACGAGGCCAUGGUCCCGUCAGUGUGUUUCACUGUCCCACCUCUAAACCAGGAGGCUAUGGACACAGCCGGCAGAGCGGAGCAGUUGUACCAGAAGGUCAUGUCUCUGUGGCAUCAGCUCCACGUGAACAUGAAGAGCGUGGUUUCCUGGCACUACCUGCUCAAAGACAUCAGGACCGUCUCCACGUGGAACCUGGACACAGUCCGACGUCAGUCUCCGUCGGAGCGGCAGCAGGUCCUCGAUCACCUGGAGUCCCAGUUGGCCGACUUCCUGUCCGACAGCAAAGAGAGCUCUCUGUUCACGCCGGCCGAGCGACGGGAGCUGGAGAGGGACGUGCAGGAGGCCCAGCGGCACUGUCAGGACCUGCUGCUCAACAUGGAGACUGUGGAGAAGGACGAGUCGGUGUCUCGCUCGUACCUGUCAGAGCUGCAGAACGUCACCCUCCGCCUGAACGACGCAGAGCAGAGACUGAUGAGAGGGAUUCAGACUCCGCCCUCCAGCAGGCUGUCAGGAGACAGUGCUGACAACACUCUCCAGAUUGCAGAGCAGGAGAGGCUGCAGUCAGAGCUGGACGCCGUGCGCUCCAGUUUGGGCGACGUGUCUCGCCGCUGUGUCAGCUUCUUCGAGGAGAAGCCGACUUCCUCCAGCGUUCCCGCCCUCCGCUCCGAACUCAGUCAGGCGGUGGAAAAGACGGACAAACUGCACAACCUCUCGUCCGUCUACUUAGAAAAGUUAAAGACGGUCGACGUCCUGAUUCGCAGCCUGGAUGAAGUGGAGAGCCAGGUCAGGAAGUACGAGAGCAGACUGAGCGAAGAGGACAUUGUCCCUGCGGACACCACAGCCAUUCACAAUCUCAGAGAUCAAUUAAAGACGUGGCAGGACGAGCUCGCCGAGCAGGAGGACAUCUUCCAGUCUCUGCACUCUGUUGUACUUCGAGCCAAAGAGGCGGGGUCUCAGCUCAGUAGGCUCCACCCUGACCGCAGCUCUGAGCUGGAGCUCUACCAGGACAAAGCCAAUCAGAUGACGGACCGAUGGAGCGCCGUGAGGAGACAGAUUGAGACUCGACGAGCCGACCUGGAAUCCCUGGGCUCGGCGCUGCAUCACUACAGAGACGGUCACUCGGCUUUGAUCCAGUGGAUCGAAGACACGACAGAGAGACAAGAAAACACACAGUCUGGACAGACUGACAGCAAAGCUCUGUCCGAGCAGCUGGCCCAGCAGACGGCAUUAGUAGCUGAGAUUGAACAGAACCAGACCAAGCUAGAUGAGUGUCAGGCUCACUCCAAACAGUACUGCACAUCAGUGAAGGACUAUGAACUCCAGCUGAUGACGUACAGAGCCUUUGUAGAGUCCACACACAAGUCGCCUGUCAAGAGGAGGAGGAUGCACUCGUCCUCUGAUGCCAUCACUCAGGAGUUUAUGGACUUGCGCACACGCUACACAGCGCUGGUCACCUUGACGACCCAGCAUGUCAAAUACAUCAGUGAUGCACUGAGAAGACUAGAAGAAGAAGAGAAAGAGGUGGAGGAGGAGAAGCAGGCCAGGGUCGGCCAGGUUUCAGAUCUGAUGGGCUGGGUCAAAGGUCUCCAGGGACGAACCGGGGGUCCAAACCCAGAGUCUUCACUUGCUGCUCAACAGGUCAUCAGCGAACAGCUCGCAGCUAAGAAGGACGAAGUGGCUGAAGCAAUACGGAGCACAGAAGUCUUCCUGAUGUCAAAACAGGCCAGCAAAUUGUCGCCAGAGGAGCGAGCUAACGUGGAGGCUCAGCUGGAGGAGCUGACGUCCACCUACAACCAGAUGUGCGAUUCUUCUACACAACAGCUGCAGCAGCUGGAGCAGCAACUGGCCAAAGAGGAGGAGAGAAAGAACCAAGUUGCCAUCGCUGGAGUAAUCGACCUGGGAACAGUGGAAACAUUCUCAGUGUUCCAAGCAGCCCAACGUGGUCUUAUUGACCAAGACACCUGUCAUGUACUACUGGAGGCCCAGCUCAUUAUGGGUGGGCUUGUCCAGCCUGACUCUCCUCUCUGCCUUUCACUGGAACAAGGUCUUUCCCAAGGCCUAAUUAAUACCCAUACCAGACAGUCACUUUCUGGGCUAGAGAGUGCCUUGAUUUUGGUGGAAAAAUCUGAAUGUUUAGGUGACCACCAACAAAUUGUGUUGCCAGUAGCCAGAGCCAUAGAAUCUGGGCUCAUCAAAGAGGAGGUUGGCCUCCGCAUUCUGGAACUCCAGAUGAACACUGGAGGUCUAAAAGACUCAGCAGGAAGGAUGAUAAGUUUGGAGCGAGCAGAAGAUAAGGGACUUUUGACUCCUAAAAUGCUUAGAAAACUCCAAUCGAUGAUCCAAAACAGAGACCUGAUCGAUCCAAACACGGCUGAAAAAUUAAACCUAAAUGAGCUCCAACAGCGCUGUGUUUAUGACGAUGACUCAAAUCUCCUUCUCUUCCCAGUCAAACAGCAACCUGGAGGAACAGUCUGCCUCCGCUCUGGAAGAAAAGUUGGCAUCUUUCGUGCAGUCCAGGAAGGUCUAAUUGAUCGGAAAGUUACUGUAAGACUUCUUGAAGCUCAGCUCUUUGCUGGAGGUAUUACUGAGCCACGCUCAGGCCAUCAUCUGACAAUUGAUGAGGCUGUUCGUCAUGGGUUAAUGGACCAGGAUCUAGCAUGUGCCAUGUUUGCACGUCAGCUGCAAAAUGGGGGAAUUAUUGAUCCUUUCAAUGGCGAACGCCUGGAUUUGGAGGAAAGUAUUCGUAGAAACCUUCUGUCCUCUCGUUUGGCUCUCUUGGUGCUUGAGUCUCUUUGGGCUUUCAUGGGACUGCUCUUACCUGAAUCUGGAGAACUUCUGCCUAUUGCUGAAGCUCUACAACAAGGAGUGGUCUCUGGAGAGCUAGCAAGAAAUAUUCUGGCACAGCGUCAUGUCGUUGGAGGACUGUACAACCCUGAGACCCUCCAGGUGAUACCUCUAAACCAAGCUGCUGAAGAGGUGCUUGAGUCUAGUGUCGUCAGUUUUCUCAAAGAUACCCACAUCCCUGAUGUUCUUCUCAACAUGAAUAAAUCUGGUACACCAUCUCUAAACCGUUUGAGCUGGGAUUCCACCAGCUCCACUCCACCUCCAUCAUCUCCACUCCCUUCAUCAUCUCUUGCAGACACUUUGUGGGAUGUUAAACCAACAGAUGGAUUGGAUCCCCAAGAACAAGCACGACACAAGCUACUGUUUCACCUCAUGACCCACAGUUAUGUGGACGCUCAUUUCGGAAAACGGCUGGUACUGCUUGACCCUGAACUAGUAGAGCUGGUCAAAGCUACUGAACUGUUUGCAGAGGACUCUUUAAUUGGAAGUCUUGUGGAGCCUCAACAUACAUUAGCCACAGGUGAGCAGGGCGAGAUGAAAGUACUAAGAGAUUUGAGUUUGACCGAUAUAGAGAUGAAUGAUAAACAAACUAAAGUUGAAGAGGAAAGUUCUAAUGUAGGCACACCAAAUAAGGAUUUGGAGCUUGAUCGUACAGUUGGCCAAGAACAUUGGUAUGAUGGAGACGAUGACAAUAAAUCACUGCAGAGUGAUUUUGCCAUUGCAGCUACAGAAAAAAUCAAAAAAGCAGAAGUAAAAGGCAAGAAGAAAAAACGCUCCAGUCUUGAAAGUUUAGUGGUUCCAGAUCCAGGGGAGCUGGUCGGAACUGAUUCCAAACCCAGAGAUGGUAGUGGUCUGGAGACACAGAGCAUAACCAUGACCAUUAAUAGAAAGAGAGUCACAGAACCAAUUCAAUCGGAGGAAGUUAUUGAAAGAAAGAUAUUAAAGGAAACCAUCCCAGUGGAAGCAAAACUAAAUGUCACACAGUCUGAUGAUAGGAAAGAUAUGAAACUUUCCCACACUGAACCAGAAAGGAUCAAACAUGCAUUACCCAUUAAAGACACUGACGCAGGGAACUGUGAAUAUGAGGUUGAUGUUAUUGAACCGGUAGCGGAGGAGGAAGAGGAAAACGCUGAAAUGGCAAGGCUAGUUGAAGAGCUUAAACAGGGAGGUCUAAUGACAGAAGAAGGAGAAAAGCUGCUUCCAGAUGAGGCAGUAGCUCAGGGUGUUCUUCCUGGUCAUACUGCAGUUAAACUAAUGGCUCAGGCAGGUCUCUUUGGGGGUUUCCUAGAUACCAGUAGUAGUGAGUCCCUUAGCAUUGAGGAUGUUAUGCAGGAGGGUUUACUCGAUGAAGAGCUGAUGUGGAGUGUCCUGAAGUCCGAUAAAACCCUUGCAGGGAUUGUGGAUGGGGAAAAAAGACAGAUAUGUGGGGUAAGGGAGGCUGCUGAGGCAGGGUUGAUCGACCCCAACACUGCUGCUCGACUUUUAGAAGCCCAGGUGGCAUCUGGGGGAAUUGUAGACCUACAGAGGGAUAAGAAAGUCUCUGUUACUCUUGCAGCCAACCUGGGUUUGAUUGAGGAGGAUCAGAGAGAGGAACUGGUCGCACUAGAGAAGGCAUACAAAGGAAAAGACACUGAUUCAGUAACAGCUCUGAAAAAAGCCAGUUUACAGCUACAGAUGGAAGGCGUUAUUGACCCAGAGUCUAAGUCUCCUGUUCCCCUUGAGCAAGCAAUUCAGAAAGGGUUAAUUACAUCAGAUGAGUCAUAUCGGGCAUUAGCAAGGCAGGUUGCAGAGGGUGGUAUAAUACAUCAUGCUUCAGGACUAAGGCUUUCUGUCUCUGAUGCUGUUGAAAGAGGAUUAGUGGAUCGGUCUAUUGCUCCUGCCUUGGAGGAACUAGAGUGGGUCUACCAAGGAAGAGUCAGCCCAUCAUUUCACCCAGAGGCUAUUGUUUUCCAGGCAUCGACUGGGGCUAUUUCAGACCCUAAAUCUGGAUGUAAACUGACAUUGACAGAAUCAGUUUCAAAAGGUCUCCUGGAUGCAAACACAGCUAGUGAGGUCAUGGAUUCUCCAGCAGUGACACAAGGACCACUGGACCCCCAAACUGCACGCAUUGUGCCUUAUUCGGCACUUGUAAACCAGGGUAAGAUAGAUAUUGAAACAGGUAAACGUUUCUUAGAGGUGAAACCAUUCAGAGGUGUUCAGGAUGAGCAAACAGGAGACAUUUCUACCCUUUCUGAAGCUGUUGCAUCAAAGAAAGUUGAUCCAGUUCCAGCAAUGAGGCUACUACAAAGCCAGGCUGAUAGUGGAGGGAUUGUUGAUAUCAAGACUGGAGAAAGGCUCCCCCUACUUGAAGCCUGUAAAAGAGGGUUAAUUGGUGUUGAUAUGAUCAAGGAAAUUGCCACCAGCCAGAUCUCGAAAGGAGGCCUCAUCAACCCAAUUUCUAGACAAAGAGUCUCUAAUCUCAGUGAUGCUGUUGCAGUCGGACUGAUAUCCAGAGAUGUAGCUUCUGAGAUUCAGGACAGAGCGGCCUCUGCAGAAAUAGAGGAAUAUGAUGAUCGUUCUACACCUGUUGCCUCAUCAAUAUACAGCCCUGCUAUUACUAUGUCAGUGUCAAGCACAGACAGUCCAGCAAACUGGUCAGAUAUAAGCAUGGACAUGUCCUCAAGGUCUCCACUUUCUACAAAUGGUGUUGUAUUUACACAGUAUGAUGAAAACGCAGGAACAUCUUCAAUAUCAGAUAAAUCCCUGUUUUAUGAAGAAAAGGACAGAGAAGAGUGGCCAGUGUCUGUAGGAGAGAUGCCUUUUAUCGAACCAGACCAGUCCAUGGACCUAUUGUGUAAUUUUGCAGCUAAUGUUGAGAAAAGAAUUCAGCAAGCCAUCGAAGAGAUAGGACCACAAAAAGACACCAAUGAAAUAGAGAGCCUUCCUAAACAGGAAACUGAUGACAAACUGCUGAUAAGUGAGGGUAAGACUGAUGAUAACCAAACAAAGAGUGUUUUCAUUGCAGAAUACUUGAAACCACAUGUCUCUGAUACUGGCAAAGAUUCCCAGAAAGAGGUGAGAGUCGAGGCUGCUGUUUUGAAGCUAGAUGAAGAACCUGUAAAGGUUGAGAAAAAGGAGUGCAGACCCUGUGAUGAGAGCACAUCAGUAACUGCUUCUGAAGUUGUAAACCCUCCUGUGGCAGCUGAGAUUGUGAUGAGAGCUGGUAGAGAAUGUAAAGACAGCACCGAGCUGCCAAAGUUAAAUGAGGAAGAGUAUAGAAAGAGUGAUGUGGUGAAACAGAGGGAUGACAAUUUAGAGGGUAGAAGUAAAGUAAUGGAAAGAGAGACAGAGGUCAAGUCUAUCACUGACAUGGAGCAGUCAGGCCAGUUGUUGACCCUUUCAUCAAACCAGGCCGAAAGCAAAAGCAAGAAGAAGAAGAAGAAUAGAAAUGGAAAGGGAAAGGGUAAAGAAGCAGAAAGUGAAGUACAAUCUUCAGAGAUAAAACAGCCAUCUGUAACUGAUGAAGCUGUUGCAGAAAUAGAAUUAAAGCCUGAGGCUGUAAAUGCAGUCACAGAUAAGAUUGUAUCACAAGACGAAUGUGACAAAUUGCAUAUUCAUGGUCAGAAAACCUCUUUGGUUUCCCCCAAUGAAGAAAAUGAAGUAAAGAUUGACAGCAAAAAUGAUUUGGUGAGACAGGGACAAGAGUCAAUUCCACCUACUGUGGAAGAACAGAAUACAGAACAUAUUACUGAGCCAGAAAAGAAAGUGAUUGAAAUCAUGUUUUCUAAGGAUGUAGAACAAAUUGAGAGGAGGGAGAAAGUAGAGCAGCAGAAAGACGUUAAAGAGGCUGCCCCUCUUAAACCAGAACGAGAAAGUAGUCAGGAGGUAAAGAAAAGAAAGGAGCAAGAAUUGCCUCAGAAGUCCUCUCUACCAGAAGAUGAGAAAGCAGCCUUGCUACUUAAGGCUAAAGAGAGCAUUUUCAAAAAGGUGUUUGAAAAAGGAGUGAGUGGCAAGCAGACUGCUGAAGAGCUACAUGUCCUGCGAAAAGAGGUGGGCAAGAGGGAGAUUCAAGGCACAGCUGUCAAACAUGUAAAGGGAAAAAGUCCGCCACCUAAGGUUGAAGGAGUGGAGCAUCACAAAAUCAAAGAUGAAAGUGUCCAGAGAUUGAAUGGUUCAUUAAAAGAAAAUGAGGAAGUGACAAGCGUCAAGGAAGACGGAUUGAAAUUGUCAGGGGUCAAAGAAGAAAUGUCUGCAGAGAAACUUUUGAUAAAGAAGGACACGGAUACCAAACUAUUAGAUGCUCCUUCACAAGAAAAGGAAAAGAUCAGUCCUGAAAAGGAAGAUGAACAAAAAGGUGUUGAAGCAGCACCAUCUGACAAACCUAAAGAAAUGCAGCAAAGUAAGCGGAACAAGAAGAAGACUAAGAUUCCAAAAGUGUUAGACAAAGCUGAGCCCAAAAUUGAGAAAAUAAGAAUGAAUGAAAUUAAUGAAUCUGACUUAACAACAGAAAUUACCACAAAACAAAAUUUAGAAAGUCAGAUUUUGAAAAAGGAGCAGAAAAUGGACAAACCUGCUGAUGGUCAGGCAGACAGUGAAGUCAUCCAGCCUUCAGCUGCUGAUAAUGAACUGGAGACCUCUGCAGGUACUAUUGAAAGGGCUGAAAACAUACAUCAGUCAGAAGAGCCUCGUUCCAUAGAGGAACCUGCAAACAGUCCAGAGGUUACAUCAAUCAAAACUGAAGAAUCCCUAUCAGAAACCAGAAGUGAAGAUAAAUCUAUUGAGGCUGUUCCAUCCAAGCUGGAUGUCCAGCCCACAACUCAGUGUAUGACUGCUGGCACACAACAAGUUAAUACAGCUACAAAAAGUAAAAAGAAGAAAGGUCACCAACCAUCUGAAGAUAAAAUGAUAAAUGUUCCAGAGUCAAAAUCCAUAAAAGAGGAACAUCAGAGUUCUGAGACUUCAGAAUCAGCACCUGCACUCUUAGAAGACACUUCAGCUGAGUCUAAAUCACCUGGAGUCGCUAAGCCUGAUACAGCCACAACAGAAAUGACCACAAAACCCACAAUGGCAAAAACUAAUUUAGAAAGUCAAAUUUUGAAGAAGGAGCAGAGAAUGGACAAACCUGCCGAUGGUCAGGCAACCAGUUAUGUCAUCGAGGCUGUUCCAGCCAAACCAGACGUUCAGCCCACAACUCAGCGUAUGGCUGCCGGCACACAAGAACUUAAAGCAGCUACAAAGGGUAAAAAGAAGAAAGGUCACCAACCCUCUGAAGAUAAAAUUACAAAUGUUCCUGAAAAAUCCAUAAAAGAGCAGCAACAAAGUCCUGAGACUUCAGAAUCAGUAUCUUCACUCUCAGAAGACACUUCAGCUGAGUCUGAAUUACCUAGAGUCCCAGAGUCUCAUACAGCUACAACAAAAAUAACCACAAACCCAAAUUUAGAAAGUCAAAUUUUGAAGAGGGGGCAGAGAGGAGACAAACCUGACGUUGUUCAGGUAACUAGUGAUGUCAUCCAGCCUUCAUCUGCUGAGCAGCCUAAAAAACUGGAGAUCUCUGAAAGUACUAUUGAACGGGCUGAGAACAGACAACAAAGUCCACAUUUGCAUCAGUCAGAAGAGCCUAGUUACAUAGAGGAACAUGCAAAAAGUCCAGAGGUUACAUCAAUCAAGAGUGAAGAAUCGGAAACCAGAAAUGAAGAUAAAUCUAUUGAGACGGUUUCAACCAAACCAGACAUCCAGCCCACAACUCAGCUUAUGGCUACUGGCACACAACAAGUUAAAACAGCUACAAAAAGUAAAAAGAAGAAAGGUCACCAACCAUCUGAAGAUAAAAUUAUAAAUGUUCCAGAGUCAAAAUCCAUAAAAGAGGAAAAUCAGAGUCCUGAGACUUCAGAAUCAGCACCUUCACUCUUAGAAGACAUUUCAGCUGAGUCUGAAUCACAGAGAGUCCCUGAGUCUGAUACAGCCACAACAGAAAUGACCACAAGACAUAUUUUGAAGGAGCAGAGAAUGGACAAACCUGCCGAUGUUCAGGCAACCAAUGAUGUCAUCCAACCUUCAGCUGCUGAUAAGGCUAAUGAUCUGGCGAUCUCUGCAAGUGCCAUUGAACGGGCUGAGAACAAACAACAAAGUCCACAUUUGAAAAACUCAGAAGAGCCCACUUACAUAGAGGUUACAUCAAUCAAGAGUGAAGAAUCUAGAAGUGAAGGUGAUUCUAUUGAGGCUGUUCCAUCCAAACCAGAAGUCCAGCCCACACCUCAGUGGAUGGCUACUGGCACACAACAAGUUAAAACAGCUACAAAAGGUAAAAAGAAGAAAGGUCACCAACCCUCUGAAGAUAAAAUGACUGAUGUUCCUGAGGAACAGCAAAGUCCUGAGACUUCAGAAUCAGCACCUUCUCUCUUAGAAGACACUUCAGCUGAGUCUGAAUCAUCUGCAGUCCCUGAGUCUGAUACAGGCACAGAGAGUUUUGGAGAGGAAGAGGAAGAUAUCAGAGAGGGACAGGAACGUUUCUCCAACAAACAAAAGAUUCCAUCACUCACUGCUAAGUCCUCUUUAAGGCGUCAGGAGUGUUUGGAGCAUGACCAGCGAAUCGUAGCCUUGGUGUCGAUGGUCAGACAUAUGGAGGUGCGGCUCAAACAGCAGCAGCAGCAGUCUGUUGGCCGCAGCCUUGUCGCACUGGACGAUAUCAUCAGACAGACGGAGACUCUGGACCUUGAGCUGCGAGACUUGGAGCCGGAGAUCACCAAAGAGGUGGAGGCUGCCGAGCGUUUGCUGAAGCCCCAACAUAAAGACGUUCCCCCGCAGCUCCUAUUGGCCCUAGAAAAGGACGGGCGUAGUUUGGCCCGAGGGUAUGAGGCUUCCAGAGGUCUCUCUGAGGACAUUCUGAAAGGCCUGCGAGAACACAGAGACUCAUACAAGGAGGCAGUAACAGCCGAGCACAAGUCACUCGGACGACAAGUGGAGAGUCUGCUCUACUGGCUGAAAGGAACAGAGGCUCAGAUGGAUGGAGGAAUGGCAGGGAUGGAAAAAAUGGAGAAAUCAGAGAAACAUGACAAUGACGAUCAGCUGACGCAGCAGCUGAAUCUGUGCAAGGAGCUUCAGGCCUCUCUGACGGCUCGCUCCAGCGAGGUCAACAACGUGGCCUUUGAAAUCCAGGUGUUCAUCUCGGAGCGAGCUCAGGACCUGGUGCCCGAGCAGAGCAGGCAGCUGCUGGGGCAGCUCCAGCAGCUCCAGAGGGCCUUUCACGGAGCGUCGGGCCAAGCCCAGGCCUGGGCUGAUGCUCUCUCUGCCCAGAGAGCGAGGGAGGAGGAGAGGCAGCGCAGGGAGAGGGUGAAAGAGGAGGAGAAGGACAGAGAGAGGCAGAGUGCGAGGGAGAAAGAGGUGGUCCAACAGCAGAAAGCUGAAUGCUCUCAGAAACUAGAAGGCCUGACCAUGUGGAUGGCUGGAGCCGCCAGUUUGCUGGCCAGUCAGAAAGCUGGAUUAGAGUCAGGUGACGUGAACGUCCUGCAAGAGAAGCAGAAGAAACUGAAGGACGUACAGAAGGACCUCCAGGCGAAGAGCGAAGGCAUAGCUGAAGCCAUCCGCUCGGUGGAGGAUUUGCUGGCAGAGCGGGGCGAGAGUCUGAGCCCGCAGGAGAGAGAAGACCUCCAGAGGGCGCUAACGAGAAUGAAAGAGCAGUACAGCGCCCUCACAGAUUCAGCAAACACGUCAGUGUCUGAGCUGGACACAGCCAUCAACGACACUGUCCAGCAGAACACACAGAGGGCAAAGGCAGAGGAGGAACUCCAAGAAACACGAGGCCAGAUUGACUCGCUGCUGACUGAGUUGUCCUCCGUCAACCAACCAGACAGGAGAGGAAUUCAAUCAGUUACGGCUCAAAGUGUUUGUGAUUCAUCAUUCUCACAGCCAGAGGGCGCCGUCAUGUCGCACACAGAGAUGCUGCAGACGGAGCUCCAGCAGCUUCAGUCUCAACAGGCUCAGCUUCUUCAAAUCACACAGUCGACUCGGUCUCUUUUGGACCAGCCGGACUCGACCGUUCCUCCUGAAGAGAAGCAGCGACUCCGAGCUGCCCUGGACCAGCUGCAGGCCCAGCACCAGGACAAGCUCCAGAGCUGCCAGGACCGUCUGAGGAAGUCAGAGGCUCUAAAGGAUGAGUUUACAAAGUUCCUCCAGGAACAUGGAAGUCUCUGUGCCUGGCUGGAACAGAGUGAACAGGAUCUCCGUUCCCUGGGGGAAGGAGAAACCGACGCACAGGGACUGAAGGGCAGGCUGGACGAGCACAGAAAGCUUGCCGAGGAUGUGAUAUGUCACAAGGCGGACCUGCGUUUCGUCUCCAUCUCUGGUCAGAAGGUUCUAGACUCUGUUCAAGGAGCUCUGGAGCAGGUUGGCGGUUCUGAUCCAGCUCUGGACACCACCAAGCAGCUGGUCACCGACAAGCUACAGGACGCAAACCACAGAUACACAACCCUACACACAAAAUCCACAGAUCUGGGUGGUCGUCUGUCCGGCCUGUUGGAGCGGUACCAGCAGCACCAGGACGAGGUCGUAUCCCUCCACUCCUGGCUCAGCACUCAGGAACAGAACCAAAGCAUAGCCAAGCCCAGCGGGGACACGGACCCACAGAACCUGCAGAACACACUACGACAAGUACAGCUCCUGCAGGAUGAACUGGCAGAGCGCUCCGUGCAGCUGGAGAAGGUGAAGAGAGCAGGAAGAGAUCUGGUCAGCACGGAUGAAUCUCCGUCCCUCAAAGCUGUCGACAUCCUCUGUGCUGCAGAUGGUUUAGAGAAGAGAUUUGGAUCGCUCUCUGCUUCCGUCUCUGAACGAGCCAAGCAGCUUCAGACGGCUGUGGCUCAGUCUGUCAGUGUGCAGGAGGGCCUGAAGGGUCUGCUCAGCUGGCUGGACCAACUGGUUCUAAAGCCUGGACCGGUGGAGCCCACUGCUCAGGCUGUACAAGACGCCCUCACACAAAACCAGAAACUUCGGCAGGAGCUCCUCUCCAGGCAGGGCAGCGUGGAGGCAACGCGGGACUCUGUUUCCAAACUCCUGCAGAGCUCUGAUGCUUCCACAGCCUCAGGCCUCCAGGGCGCGUUAGACGAACUGACUCAGCGCUACGCUGCAGCUCAAACCAGUCAAGCCCAGAGAGAAUCCGAGCUCAAAACACUGCUGCCCAGACUGGAGAGCUACGAGCGGCUGGGGACCGACCUCCACGUCUUCACACAGACUCGACUGAAGGCUCUGAGCCCGGUGGGCCAGCCAGACCGCAGCGUGGAUGACUACAGGCAAACUAUUGAGGAGGUGAGGACGGAGCUGGAGCAGGAAGCUGGAACUUUGAAGUCCUUCUGCAGCCUCGGCACCGAGCUCAGCCACGGCGACACCUUCAGUAACACUCACAGCCUCCUGGAUAACGUCAGAGGUGUCUCUGACGAGUUCAGCCAGCUGGAGGCAAAUGUCAACGACAGGUUCGCUGCCAUCCAGUCCUGCGAGCAACAGCUGCUUCAAUUCCGCGGACUCUCCGGCUCCCUCGUCAGGUGGCUUCAGGGAGCACAGGAGCAGCUCCCACCCAAAGAGGCAAACGUCAACACCGAUAGUCUGCAGAAAAGAGUCCAGCAGCUCAAGGAAUUGUUGAACGACUGGGAGUCUCAGGGAUCCAGAGUUCAGGACCUGAACAAAACAGGCUCAGAGCUCGAGUCCAUCAUCAUCGACAUCACUGCUCCUCAGACCAAAACUGGUGGCCCUCACAUCAAUGGCUCGUCAGGUCCCAGCAGUGUCAAUGGCAUUCACACCUGCAAAGACUUGACGGAGCUCCAGGUCGCCGUGUCUGAUGUGAACGGUCGAUACGAGAUGCUGGGCGGAGACUUGAAAGAGCGACUCGGUCGCCAGCAGGCAUCGCUGGAGCUGAGGCAGAAGGCCAGGCAGGGGGCAGACGAGCUCAAGAGCUGGCUGAGCGACAAAGAGCACAGCCUGAAACAGGGACAGACGGCCUCCCCCUCCAAGCCUGAGGUGGUACGUGCCCAGGCCCAACAGAACAAGGCCCUGCUCUCUGAGCUGGCUGAGCAUUCCGACAAGGUGGAGGAGCUGAAGAACACGCUGAGGAAGCUCAUCGCAGACAACCCCGACUCUCCUGAAGCAGACAGCUGGAGACAACAGCUGCAAGAGAUAGACUCCCGCUGGCAGGCGGCCAAUCAGACCGCGGCUCAGAGGCAGACGGAGCUCGAGACGUGCGCCGACCGGCUGGGAAGCUUCGCCUCGGCGGCCAAUCAACUGGGCCCGUGGCUGAGGGAGAAGGAGCUGAUGAUGAGCGUGCUUGGACCGCUGAGCAUCGACCCCAACAUGCUCAACACGCAGAAGCAACAAGUGCAGUUCAUGCUGCGUGAGUUUGAGACCCGCCGGCCUCAGUUCGAUGAGCUGACCCAGUCCGCUGAGGGAAUCCUCUCCCAGACCUGUGACUCAGCUCAGGACGCUAAGGACCUAGCAGAGGUGCAGACUGAGCUGGGCUCCAUCUCACAGCAGUGGGGAGCCCUCACAAACAGACUGAGCCAGAGGUCAAGCCACAUCGACCAGGCCCAAGGAACCAGUGAACGCUACCAGGCGUUGCUGAGGGAACUAUCCUCCAGUGUUUCCACUCUGAGCGAGAGGCUGGAUGCUCAGGCGUCACUGAGUGCUCAGCCCGAGGCGCUGAAACGUCGCCUGCAGGAAACAGGAGAAAUCCGCUCCGAGCUGGAGAGGCGGCGGAGCGAGCUAGCCGAGGCCGAGAGGCUCUGCCAGGAGCUGAGCGCCAUCGUAGCCGAACCUUACCUGAAGGAGGAGCUGAGUAAACGACUGGAGAGUGUGAGCGCGCCACUGCGGAGUCUGGAGGAGCGUGCAGCUGACGGCCUGUCUCAGCUCCAGGCCGCCCUGUCGUCCACACAGCAGUUCCAGCAGAUGUUUGACGAGUUGCGUUCUUGGCUCGACAAACAGGCUGAUGUCAGAGAAUCAUCCAGCGACUCCCUGCCCUGUCAGCCAGAGGCCAUUCGCUCCCUGCUGGCACAGACGGAUGAGCUGCAGCGAGGCAUUGCCAGUCAGCGAGGUUCGUACGAGCUGAUCCAAGCCGAAGGAGCGUCACUGCUCGCCACUCUCCCCGCGGGAGGAGACGAACGGUCUGCCCUUCAGUCUCACCUGGCCGCCCUGCGACAGGACUGGGAGGCUUUAAACCAGAGACUCUCGGAGCGUGAGAGCAAACUGAAGAACACUCUGAGCAAAGCAGAAACCUACCAGCAGCACAAGGCGGAGCUGAAACCCUGGUUAUCAGACUGUGAGCAGAAAGAUGGAGAGAUCCAACCGACACUGGAUGCAUCCGCCCUGGAUGAAGCCUUGCAGAAGGCCAGAGGUCUUUCACUGGACCUGGAGAGACGACAGCCUCUGCUUGAGUCUUUUAACGCCGCCGCUGAUCAGCUGCUGGAGCAGUGCUGCAUCGGAGAGGAGGAGGUACGAGAUGAGAAGGCCCAGCUGAAUCGCAGGGUGGAUGGACUGGGAGAGAGGCUCCAUAACCGCACCACUCAGCUGGAGGAACUUUCCGGCCGCCUGAAGGAGUUUGAAGAAGGCAGACAGGCUGUGGAGAGAAGACUAGAGGCUGCCAAACACCAGAUUGAAGUCCAGGAGGCUCUGGGUCCUCAGGGCUGCAGUGCCAAGAGUCUGGAGCGACUCCGGUGUCAGCAGGAGAACCUGAGGUCCCUGCAACCUCAGGUGGUCUAUCUCCAAGACCUGGCCCAGGGGCUGGUGCAGGAUGCACCUCAGACACCAGGAGGCAGCACUGAGGGCGCAGGGAGGCUUCAGCAGCAGGCCAAGGACACAGAGGAAGAGUUUGAUGACGUUACAGGCAAGAUCGAAGGCUGCUGCUCCUCCCUGGAGUCUCGUCUCCAGGGCGUGGGCGAGGUCCAGUCGCACGUGCGCGACGUCUUCUCGCGCCUCGCCGACCUCGACGACGAGCUGGACUCGCUCAGCCCCGUCGGACGCGACGCCGACUCGCUGGCCUCUCAGGCCGACGCGCUGAGGGGCUUCCUGUCGCGGCUCGCCAACCUGCGGACGGAGCUGGAGGCUCACGGUACCGAGUGCGGCGACAUGCUGCGGCGGGAAGGCUCCUCCCCCGACCUCCUGGCCCUCAGGAGGGAGACCGAAGCUCUGAGCCGUCAAGCUGGCAAGCUGAGUGAGCGAGGACAGGCCAGGCUGGACCAGAUCGAGGACGCCGCCGGGCGCGUCCAGGAGUUUUACCGGCAGGUGGCGGAGCUGCAAGGCCUGCUGGGUCGAGCCGAAGAGGGGCUGACGGCGCAGGGUGUCGUCGGCACCGAGGUGGAGAUGAUCAAACAGCAGCUGCAGGAGUUCAAGGCCGUGGAGCGAGAGCAGGUGGACCGCAUUCAGCCCAAGCUGCAGCACGUCAACGCCGUGGGUCAGGGUUUGAUCCAGAGCGCCGCCAAACACACCGACACGCAGGCGCUGGAGCACGACCUGGAGACGACCAACCUCCAGUGGAACUCACUCAACAAGCGGGUGGCAGAGCGGAUCGCUCAGCUGCAGGAGGCCCUGUUGCACUGUGGGAAAUUUCAGGACGCUCUGGAGCCUCUGCUCAGUUGGCUGAGCGACACGGAGGAGCUGGUGGCCAAUCAGAAGCCUCCGUCAGCAGAAUACCGUGUCGUCAAAGCCCAGAUCCAAGAGCAAAAGCUCCUCCAGAGAUUGUUGGACGACCGGCGGCCGACGGUGGAGAUGAUCCGCGCUGAAGGAGAACGAAUCGCGGUCACGGCCGACUCUCAGGACCGAGACAAGAUCCAGACUCAGCUCCAGAGUCUGGCUGAGAGGUGGACCGAGCUGCUGGACAAGGCCAGCGCCAGGCAGCGGCAGCUGGAGGAGCUGCAGGUGUUGGCUCUUCACUUCCAUGAAGCCCUGGAGCCUCUGGGUGAGUGGCUGAGCACCACUGAGAGACGGCUGAGCUCCGCCGAGCCCAUGGGCACGCAGACAGCCAAGAUCACACAGCAGAUCAUGAAGCACAAGGCGUUCCAAGAGGACGUCUCCUCACGAGAAGCCGAGGUCGACCACCUCGAGUCCCUCGGCCAAUCGCUGACCCCGCUCAGCUGCUCCGCCGACCGCGAUUGGUUGAGCGAGCGCGUGGGCGGCGUGAGGUCGGGCCACUCCGACCUCGCCGACUGGUGCUCACGGCGGGCGGCUCUGCUGGAGCAGGCGCUCGCCAACGCUCAGCUGUUCGGAGAGGACGAGGUAGAGGUGCUGAACUGGCUGGCCGAAGUGGGUCAGAGACUCUCGCAGGUCUCUGUCCAGAGUUUCCAGCCUCAGCUGCUCGCAGAGCAACACAAACACACCCUGGCUCUAAAUGAAGAGAUCGUGAGCAGGAAGAAGACAGUGGACCAGGCCAUCAAGAACGGACAAGCUCUACUCAAACAGACGACCGGCGAGGAGGUUCUCCUCAUCCAGGAGAAGCUGGACGGCAUCAAGUCUCGCUACGCCGAGAUGACAGCCAGCAGCAGCAAGGCGCUCCGCACGCUGGAGCAGGCGCUGCAGCUCGCCACGCGCUUCGCCAGCGCACACGAAGACCUCAGCCAGUGGCUGGACAGCGUGGAGGCGGAGCUCAACAACGUGGAGCCCGACGCUUCACCGGCCUAUCAGGAACGACAGAAGGAGCUGAAAAAAGUAUCCGCAGAGAAGCGCCUGGUGUUGGACACGGUCAACGAGGUGGGAAGCGCUCUGCUGGACCUGGUUCCGUGGCGAGCCCGCGAAGGCCUGGACCGCCUGGUCGCCGACUCCCAACAACGCUAUCGCCACGCGGACGAAACCAUCACGCAGCGUGUGCAGCUGGUCCAAGCCGCCAUCCAGAGGUCACAACAGUAUGAAGAGGCGGUGGACGCAGAGCUCGCCUGGGUCGGAGAGACGGAGCGAAAGUUGUCGUCUCUGGGGCCUUUAAGUCUGGAGCCUGACGUGACGGUGGCUCAGCUCCAGGUUCAGAGAGCCUUCAACAUCGACAUCAUCCGACACAAAGACACCGUGGACCAGCUCCUCGGCACAAGAGACGAAAUCCUGGAGACCUGCAGUGAAGCCCAGAAGGACGCGCUGAUGGUAAAGACCGAUUCUCUGAGUGACCGCUACGACGCGGUGAGCCAGAGCCACAGUGAGCGCUUCUCGGCUCUGGAGCAGGCCCAGGUUCUGGUAGCUCGGUUUUGGGAAACCUACGAGGAACUGGAGCCGUUUUUGGGCGAGACUGAAACCCUCAUCGCUCAGCUGCCGCCACCGGCCAUCGACACAGACGCUCUCAGGCUGCAACAAGACCAGAUGAGGCUCCUCAGGGAAUCCAUCGCAGAGCACAAGCCUCACAUCGACAAGCUGCUGAAGAUCGGACCACAGCUGGCCGAGCUCAGCCUCCAGGAGGGGGCGACGGUGACGCAGCGCUACACCAACGCAGAGAAGCGCUACCUCGCCAUCAAAGAGGAGGUGAAGGGUCGAGCUUCGGUGCUGGAUGAGGCGGUGUCGCAGUCGGCACAGCUGGUAGAGUUUCAUGACAAGAUGGAUCCACUGUUGGAGACCCUGGAGGGGGCAGUGCAGCGUCUGAGGCAGCCUCCCCCCGUGGCAGCGGAGGUGGACAAGAUCAGGGAGCAGCUGGCGGAGCACAGAGCUCAGGGGCUGGAGCUGGACAAACUGCUGCCCAGCUUCUCUGCCCUGUGCGCCCGCGGAGAGGAGCUGAUCGGACGAGCCGCUCACGACGAUCCCGCUGCUCAGGCCGUUCGUACCCGCCUCCUGCGCCUGCGAUCUCUGUGGGAUGAGAUCCGGCAGCGAGCCGAGGAGAGGGAGGGCAAACUGAACGACGUCCUCGACCUGGCUGGGAAAUUCUGGGCCGACGUGGCGGCGCUCCUGAGCACGCUCCGAGACUCGCAGGACAUCGUGAGAGAGCUGGAGGAUCCCGGUGUGGACCCUUCACUCAUCAAGCAGCAGAUUGAAGCUGCUGAGGCCAUCAAGGCAGAGACGGACGGCCUGAGGGAGGAGCUGGAGUUUGUCAGGACCCUCGGGGCUGACCUUAUCUUCGCCUGUGGAGAAACGGAGAAACCAGAAGUCAAGAAAACCAUCGAUGAGAUGAACGCUGCGUGGGAAGGUCUGAAUCGGACAUGGAGGGAGAGGAUGGAGAGACUGGAGGAGGCCAUGACGGCCUCCGUGCAGUACCAGGAUGCACUGCAGUCUAUGUUUGAUUACCUGGACAACGCGGUGAUCAAGCUGUGUGACAUGCCGCCUGUGGGAACUGAUCUGGGGACUGUGAAACAGCAGAUAGAAGAGCUCAAGCAGUACAAGGUGGAGGUUUACCAGCAGCAGAUUGACAUGGAGAAGCUGUGCCACCAGGGGGAGCUGAUGUUGAAGAAAGUCUCAGACCAAACGGACAGGGACAUGAUCCAGGAGCCACUGACUGAGCUGCGCCACUUGUGGGAGAACCUGGGAGAUAAAAUCACUCAGAGACAGCACAAGCUGGAGGCUGCUCUGCUGGCUCUGGGUCAGUUCCAACAUGCCCUGUCUGAGAUACAGGCCUGGCUGAGCCACACACACACCACACUGGACACUCAGCGGCCGGUCAACUCCGACCCCAAGGCCAUUGAGAUCGAGCUGGCCAAACACCACGUUUUGCGUAACGACGUGCUGUCCCAUCACGCCACAGUGGAGACGGUGAACAACGCCGCAGCCGAGCUGCUGGAGUCGUCGCCUGGCGAUGAAGCCAGUCACCUGAGGGAUCAGCUGGAUCAGCUCAACCAGAGCUGGGAAAACCUCCUGCUCAAGACGCAGGAGCGGCAGAAGCUGCUGGAGGCCGCUCUGCACCAGGCUGAAGGUUUCCAUGGUGAGUUAGAGGAGUUCCUCCAGUGGCUGAGGAGGACGGAGAGCCAACUGUCAGCCGCCAAACCAACAGGCGGUCUCCCUGAAACAGCCCGAGAGCAGCUCCAGCAGCACAUGGAGCUUCAGGCUCAGCUGACUCAGCGAGCAGACCAGUACCAUCGCCUGCUGGACCAGGGAGAGUCCAUGCUCCUGGCUCGAGGAGGAGAGGAGGCAGGACUCGGUACCACCCAGACCCAGCAGAACCUGGCCAUGCUGCAGAACAAGUGGGCCAGCCUCAACGGCAAGAUGGACGACCGCAGGGCAAAACUGGACGAGGCUGUUUCCUUGGCAACAGGCUUCCAGACGUCCCUGCAGGACACCAUCAACUGGCUGACUCAGGCUGAGCAGACCCUGAACAUGGCGCAGCCGCCCAGCCUCAUCCUGGACACUGUGCUCUUCCAGAUCGAUGAGCACAAGGUGUUUGUGAAUGAGGUGAACACCCACAGGGAGCAGGUCCUGGCUCUGGAAAAAGCCGGCUCUCAGCUUCGUUUUGCCAGCCUGAAGCAGGACGUGGUUCUCAUCAAAAACCUGCUGCUCAGCGUCCAGGCUCGCUGGGACAAGCUGGUCCAGAGGUCACUGGACCGCGGCCGACACCUGGAUGAAGCUCGGAAACGAGCCAAACAGUUCCACGAGGCCUGGAGGAAGCUGACAGACUGGCUGGAAGAAGCAGAGAAAAGACUGGACUCAGAGCUGGAGAUUUCCAACGAGCCGGACAAGAUCAAAAUACAGCUGACCAAACACAAGGAGUUUCAGAAAGCCCUGGGUUCAAAGCAGCCGAUGUACGACACCACCGUCAGGUCUGGGAAAGCCAUGAGGGACAAGGCUCAGCUUCCUGCUGACACUCAGAAACUGGAUCACCUGGUCGGAGAAGUCCGCGACAAGUGGGACACCGUCUGUGGCAAGAGUGUGGAGAGACAACACAAGCUGGAGGAGGCUCUGCUGUUAUCAGGACAGUUUGCAGAGGCUCUUCAGGCUCUCGUCGAUUGGUUGUACCGUGUAGAACCUCAGCUCGCUGAAGAUCAGCCUGUCCAUGGAGACCUGGAUCUGGUGUCCAACCUCAUGGACUCACAUAAGGCUUUCCAAAAAGAGCUCGGAAAGAGAACCAGCAGCAUUCAGGCUCUGAAGCGCUCGGCCCGGGAGCUGUUGGAGACCGGCCGCGAUGACACCGCCUGGGUCAAAGUUCAGCUCCAGGAGCUCACCAACCGCUGGGAAACCGUGUGUGCUCUGUCCGUCACCAAGCAGACACGCCUGCAGCACGCUCUCAAACAGGCGGAGGAGUUUCGCACGUCGGUGCAGGUGAUCCUCGAGUGGCUCUCAGAGGCGGAGCAAACGCUUCGUUUCCGCGGCGUCCUCCCAGAGGAGGCGGAGACUCUGCAGGCGCUGCUGCACACGCACCGCGACUUCAUGGGCACGGUGGAGGAGAAGAGGACGGAUGUCAACAAAGCUGCGGGCAUGGGAGAGGGAAUCCUGACGCUGUGUCACCCGGACUCCAUCACCACCAUCAAACACUGGAUCACCAUCAUCAGAGCCCGAUUUGAAGAAGUGCUGACGUGGGCGAAGCAGCACGAGCAGCGGCUAGAAACAGCUCUGACCGAGGUGCUCAACAACGCCAACCUGCUGGAGGAGCUGUUGUCAUGGUUACAGUUCGCUGAGACCACUUUGGUCCAGAGCGACGCAGAGGCGCUUCCUCAGGACAUCCCUCAACUUAAAACACUCAUCACUGAACACCAGAUGUUUAUGGAGGAGAUGACGAGGAAGCAGCCCGACGUGGACAAAGUGACAAAGACGUACAAGAGGAAACCAGCAGAGGCUUCCAGCAGCCUGUCAGAGAGGAGAGGAGCUCGAAAGCAGCAGCAGCAGCAUCAGCAGGCAGCCAUGCAGCUCUCAGGAGGAAACCCACGUCUCAACCAGCUGUGUGCGCGCUGGCAGCAAGUGUGGCUGCUCGCUCUCGACCGCCAGCGCAAACUCAACGACGCUCUGGACAGACUCGAGGAGCUCAGAGAGUUUGCCAACUUUGACUUUGACGUGUGGAGGAAGAAGUACAUGCGCUGGAUGAACCACAAGAAGUCCCGUGUCAUGGAUUUCUUCAGACGCAUCGACAAGGACCAAGACGGGAAGAUUACGCGGCAGGAGUUUAUCGACGGCAUCUUGGCCUCAAAGUUUCCCACCAGUAAGCUGGAGAUGACGGCGGUGGCAGACAUCUUUGACAGAGAUGGAGACGGUUACAUCGACUACUACGAAUUUGUCGCUGCGCUCCACCCCAACAAGGACGCGUACAGACCAACCACUGAUGCCGACAAGAUAGAGGAUGAGGUGACGCGACAGGUGGCUCAGUGCAAAUGUGCCAAGAGGUUCCAGGUGGAGCAGAUAGGAGAGAACAAGUACCGGUUCUUCCUCGGGAACCAGUUCGGCGACUCGCAGCAGCUUCGUCUGGUGAGGAUUCUGCGCAGCACGGUGAUGGUGCGAGUCGGAGGCGGCUGGAUGGCUCUGGAUGAAUUCCUGGUCAAAAAUGAUCCGUGCCGAGUGCAAUAUCCCGGACUUAAGAUUCUCCGCUCCGACUCCAGUAGCUCCAUCUCAUCUCGUAUAGUGACAGUCACUCCUGGCUAUUUCUGCUGCCGAGCUCGUGGUCGUACAAACCUGGAGCUGAGGGAGAAGUUCAUCCUUCCCGAAGGAGCCACGACAGGCCUGGCUGCGUUCCGCUCCCGGGGACGACGCUCGAAACCUGGCUCCAGAAACGCCUCCCCCACCCGAUCGUCCUCCUCGGCCUCCCACAGCGGUGCCUCCCUCCCCUCCGCUCCCUCCGCCCCUGCCACACCAACAGCCUCUGCAUCAUCCAGGUCCUCCCAUACUCACUCUCGUGACUAUGCCAAACCCUGGCUGGCACACAGUAAAACUCCAACGUCAACCAAGUGCCACUGCUGCCCAGAUCUCGGUCACAGCCACAUCACUCCUGGGCACGAGGGGGCGGCGUCGGGGUCCAAACUAAAGCGGCCGACGUUUCACUCCAGUCGAGGAUCUUUGACCGGAGAGAACGGAGGAACGACGCACACGAGUAAAUCAGGACGGAGCGAACCAAAGCGAGGAGCGAGCGGUGCGACUAGUCGCGCCGGCAGCCAGGCGGGCAGCAGAGCCAGCAGUCGCCGCGGCAGCGACGCCUCGGACGCAUCUGAGCUCCAGGACGCUCGCUCCGUCUGCUCCGACACCUCAGACACGCCCAGACGACCAGGGGGCGGUGCCAAACCAUCCAAAAUCCCCACCAUCUCUAAGAAGGCUCCGAGCCCGAAGACUCCGGGGUCUGCGAAGAAAUAACAGCGACCGCCAUUUUGGGUGUGACCGUCCAUCCGCGGGACGAGAGCUGAAGUUUUGACUGAUGUUUAUCAGGGAAAGAAGGAAGUGGAACGACGAGUCCAAUCUCCUUCUCACUCUUUCCGUGUUCUUGACUGAAACAGUAAAAAGGAGAGAAGAUCUGGUUUUGUCUUUACCAGGUCAAAGUGUGCGAGGACAAAAACCUGACGCGUCCUCUCGAAGAAGUGAAGCCAGUUUGCCUUCCAGUCUCCUGCUUCCUCUGUCAACUGUUCCCUACACCGGUGAGGAACCAAACCAUCCACGGACUGGACUUGAUGCUGCCUUAUUUAGUGUUACACGCGUCUGCCGCGAUCAGACGCAAGCGACGCCGAACGUCGUUAAACUGCUUUAUAACACACACACACACACACGCACAGUUUCACUGUGAGGCGGUGAAAGGGAGUGGGACACAACACCACCACCACAACCACCAUCACCACCACCGCCUCCGCCACUGCUGCCGCCUCCACCAGGAAUAUAAAAACACAACGAAAAGGAGGAAAAAAAGAGGCUCAAAUGACAUUCAGGACAAAAAAAAAAAGAGAAGAAUUGUGGGUAAUUAUUUUGGCUUGUGGGCCACAUGCCUCAACGAUGAGUUAAAAAAGAAAAUAUGCAAUGACUGCCAUGUCGCUUCCUCUGGACUGGUUGGUGAAGAGAAAAAAAAGGGUUCACCUCAGCAGAUCUGCAGGGGCAGACGCCACAUGUGGGGAACUCAGGAGGCGGGAAACACACACCGGCCGAACUCAGACUCCGAGGACGGACGGUGGCGACUGCAGCCGAGGACAGAAAACGCUGGAGACUUUAACAUCGUGUGUUUAACUUUGUGUUUGAGCAUUUUUCAAAUGCGAAAAAUGGGAGGCAGCAUUGUUUUUUUUUUUCCUGUCACACGCCACCGUAACAGUCUAAACACACACACGCACGACACCACAGCAGGACUGUUGCUAUGGCGACUAACAGUCACACACGUCAGUGUAACCCGCAGAGUUUCAACUACCAGCAUGCACUAAGAUCAUCUCAUUCUCUGCAGCUCCACCUUAACAUCGACACUGCGUUACCCUUAGCAACCCAGACAAACAUACAUGCAGGAAGCGUGUGUGUGUGUGUGUGUGUGUGUGUGUGUGUGUUCAAUAAAUAAUAACUAAAGGUCAUUGACUUGAGUCACUGUAUGCAAACAUUUUACUUUGCGAAUGUCAAUUUUUUUCUCCUCUCGUCGUUUUCUGGUUAAUUUAUAAUCCAGUUUUGUUAUUUAGUUUGGAUAAAAACAAAAAAGUAUUUAUUUUUCAGCUACAUGUCAUAUCAUCGUCGACGGCGACAGAGACUCUUUUUUUUUGUUUGUUUGUUUUAGCGCGUCUGGCACAUGACGCCGCUCUCUCACUCGCUCGCCUUGUUGUUGUUUUUUUUGUUUAUUUGUUUGCUAUUAUUCCCAGAUCAUGACCAAAGGGGUUUGCCCUUCACAUGUUGAGAGAACUACAACUAUGAAUGACAGGCGUCCUGGGGCAGAGCCGACCAAUGAGAGCACCCCACGCCGCCGGUGUCUCUUCUAGGCUUUUUUCAAAUGUCUCGUCGAUGACGGGGCCCGAGUGUCUGACCCAUGUUUUCUCAAUGUAAGAGAUGAAGUUUAUAAAAGAAAUGAAAUUAUAGUCAGAAAGAAAGAAAGAAAACAUCUUAAGGUGAUUUUUAUUUAUUUAUUGUCUCUCUGAAGAAGAGGAGGAGGAGAUUCAGGGUGAAGGAGGAGAGUCACCACUUUUUGAUGCUGUGCUUGUGUGAUGAUGAGAACAUUCGGGGGGCGGGGCUGUUACUAUGAGUCAAUUGUGUAAAAGUUAAACGAAAAACUAAAAUUCUAAACUUUUUUUGUUCUGUUUUUGUAUUAAAAUAUGCUUGCAGUAAA